AUGGCGAACGACAUACCCUGCAAGAUCACAACCACCCAAACGGCGGACGAAGAGAAAAACAUCGCCGUCGCGAAAGAAUACAUGAGUAUAUCCUACUCGCCCAAGAACAACAAAGGCCGCUCCUCCGUAGAGCACCUGUGCACCUCAGACGCCUGGUUCUACGCCCCGACCACCUUCCCCGACUGCAAGACACCCCUCGACUACGCGGACUCGCACGCCAAGGUCAUGGCGAGCGUCGCGGACCUACACAUCAAGUCUUACGACAUCGUCUUCGCGAAGGACGGGCACGUGCUGCUCAAGUAUUCGGCUGAGGGCAGCCACUGCGGUGAGCCGCAUAAUGGGAUCGAGGCGACGGGGCGCAAGGCGAGCUGGGAGGCGGCAGCGAUAUUCGAGAUUAGGGACGGGAAGGUGCAUAGUUUUACAAAGCAGUGGGAUAAGUUGAAUAUGUUCAAGCAGUUGGGGUGGAUGAAGGGGGAUGAGUAUGUGUAG